CCGAAGGAAGCAUGGCUGAGACUGCUCCCGUCGCUGCGCCCGAUGUCGCCGCCGCCGCCCCGGCUCCGGCUAAGGCUCCUGCUUCCAAGAAGCCGAAGAAAGCGGCGGGCGGUUCCAAAGCCCGCAAGCCCGCGGGGCCCAGCGUCGCCGAGCUCAUCACCAAGGCCGUGUCCGCCUCCAAGGAGCGCAAGGGGCUCUCCCUCGCUGCGCUCAAGAAGGCGCUGGCUGCCGGCGGCUACGAUGUGGAAAAAAGUAACAGCCGCAUCAAGCUGGGAAUCAAGAGCCUUGUCAGCAAAGGCAUUUUGGUGCAGACCAAGGGCACUGGCGCCUCCGGCUCUUUCCGCCUUAGCAAGAAACCUGGAGAAGUGAAGGAAAAGGCUCCUAAGAAGAAAACAACUGCAGCCAAGCCUAAAAAGCCAGCGACUAAGAAACCUGCCAGCGCCGCCAAGAAGCCCAAGAAGGCAGUGACAGCGAAGAAGAGUCCUAAGAAAGCCAAGAAGCCGGCGGCUAGCGUGGCCAAGAAAGCAGCCAAGAGCCCCAAAAAGGCGACAAAGGCUGCUAAGCCUAAAAAAGUGGCGGCAGUAGCGAAGAGCCCUGCCAAGGCAAAAGCGGUGAAGCCAAAGGCAGCAAAGCCAAAGGCAGCCAAGCCAAAAGCAGCGAAAGUAAAGAAGGCAGCGCCCAAGAAAAAAUAAAUGGUUCGGAGAAAAUCCUGUCUGCCUUGCAGAUAAACCCAACGGCUCUUUUAAGAGCCACCCAAGUUUUCACAAAAGGAGCUGAAACUUCUUUUUUACAUCUCGGGGGAGGGGGUGGGUGGGUGUGUCUGUGCGCGCACGCGUACAGUUUUAACCUUUUUUUUUUCCGUUGCUCUCGCUUACUUUCAGGUGGACUUGGUAAUAAAUUUCCGCGCUCUUGUUUUUUACAGGUGCUGGGCAGCACCGCAGCACAGCUGAUUUCAAGAAAGUCCCCUGGCGUUGGUGCAAAUACCCUCCCGUUAUCCGCAAGGAAUAGGUGCGAGCCCGGAGUCUCCGUUGGUAGUUAAACAGCGCUCAGGGCGUCCCGGCUCUUGGGAGCAGGGCUGGCAGUGUAGUUUCUCCUAUCAGCCUGGAGACGGGAGAGCCGCGUUCUGAAGCACCUCCCUCCGCCCCCGGAGACCGACAGAUUUCGAAAAGCCCGCGCUGCGUAAAGAUUGGCCGCCCCGCUCUUGGGCUUUUCUACUGCCCAGCAGUUUUCAGGUUAAAAAGGCGUUUCACCUUUUAUAAGUUCACUCGGAAGAGGCUUAAGAACUUCCUGGUCCUCCACUUCGGUGCUGAAACUCCUGCGCCUUGGCGCUGCCGGGCUCGGCUCUUAGCUGGGUGUUCGUUUCGUCAGUGGAGGCGCUCGGAGACGGCGUUGGGCGCGGUAGGAACCCGCGGGGGUCGGAGCCUCCCUCGUGUAUCCCCCUAACCCUGAAACGGCCUCGUUUCCCCGAUGAACCUGUUUUUCUAAAUAUGGGUUCUUUCAGCUGGCGUGCAAGCCAUAUACAGAGUCGAAAUAUUUGAUUUUAUAUCAUAUCAAUGCAGAG